UUAUGAAGCAGCAGCGUUCAGCAUCAUCUCUGGCAGACUCAUCUGGAUGUAUACAUGGCAUCAACGUGGCGCCCAAUGUCUCUUGCGUUAUUUUCUUUUGUUUUCCUGCAGAUAUCCUCGUCUUAUGAGCAGCUCUCUGCCUUCGUGGAAGGAAGCUCAGAUGAUGCACCAUCCCAAGACGUCAGAAUUCAACAAAAUGGGGUGGACGCUGACGGCGCGGUGUUUGCGGCUGAAGUUCGUCUCAGACGAGCGCUGCAGCCGUACCGAUGGCAGCUUCACUCUCCUCCACGCAGGAAGUUGCUUCAGUCUCCAGGAUUGUUGCCGUACUCUCCUCUGAGCGUUUCGUACAACGGCAAGACCUGCAUCCUCUUCAGGGCCCGCAAACUGGCCAUCAGGUACAGGAAUCACAGUUUAGUGGAUCUUACGGAGAGAACCUUCAGCCCAGAUGCGCCGGUGGACACCAAAGGCUCCUUCUGCAGCAAAGACAAAGCCAUACUCAAUCUACGUUUUGGCGACGUGGAAGAUUUAAGAGGCCUCUCCAUAAGGCUACAAAUGUCAAACACGUUCUACGAGUCGGCGGGACAGAACUGGUUCACCCUCGAUAACGUUUACAUCCACUACAACUGGACGUACGAGGCCACGUUCAACGCUACAGAUGUGUACGCGCCCUCCACCAACUCAUAUCACUGCCAGCACGUCAGCAGCCUGCAGAAGUACGACACGCUGCUGGUGCCCAGCGCCAACACCGACCACGCCGCAAACUGGCACAUAACCUUCACCGACUUCCAGAUCCAGGCGUUUAACGUUCAGUCCAGUAAGUUUGCGGCGGCCAGCGACUGCGCGACCUUCUUCACUCCUGCCAUCCUGAUGGGUCUGAUCACGUCUCUGAUCCUGCUGCUGGUGCUGGCGUACGCGCUGCACAUGGUGGUUCACCUAAAGCACAUCGACCGCUACGAAGAGCACAAGACCACCGUCUACUUCCCGCGCAGCACAGAAGCGGAGAGCACAGAGAAGAACAACCUCUAGGGUCCCUAGAGAGACGGACACUUCUGUGACUGUGAGCUCUGGUGGCCGGACGGGAAGAAAACUCCCAUCUGAAUGGAGAAUCAGAGCUGUUUGGGACUGACUGCACCACGGCAGUGACAUCAUUGUGGUGGGACAGUGGAAGUCCGAAUCAGGUUCCUUAGGGAGCUUUACAGGCUCGGCACAACGGAGGAUUUGGAGAUAUCAGCCAGUUCUCACCAAAAAUCUAGGAAUUAAACAUUCAGCGUCAGGUUUCAUAAGCGGAAGGAGAUCUUCAGAUGUUUGAAUGCGAUUCGAAAUAGCACAAUAUUCAAUAUAUCUCGCAUCUGCAUCGUCUGUCUUAGCUUCUGUUUGACUGCUAAGGACCAGAUAAGAACUUCAGCACUGAUGCUUCUUUGAAGUCAACAUGAAAUGGUGUUUCGCAAGCAAUUUAUGGCUGUAAUUUUACAUAUUGCGAAUAAAAUGCCUUGAUUUUUUUUUUUUUUAUGAUUUAAACUAAUUGGAUGGUAUUCUUGAAGCCCGUUUCUGCCAUGGAAUGAAAAAUAAAAUAGGUAAUUGGGACAUUUUAUCUCACAAUUCUGAGUUUAUUUCUCGCAAUUCCUGGGAAAAAGUCUGAAUUGUGAAAAAAAAUUUUCUCUCAAAUAUGAGUUUAUAUCUCACAAUGCUAAGUUUAUAUCUCUAAAUUCUGAGUUAAUAUCUUGCAAUUCUGAAAUUAUAUCGCAACUAUAUGAUUAUAUCUCAGAAUUUUGAGUUUGUAUCUUGGAAUUCUGAGUUUAUAUCGCAAUUAUGUUUAUAUCUCGGAAUUCUGAGUUUAUACCUUGGAAUUCUGAGUUUAUAUCUCAGAAUUCUGAGUUUAUACCUCACAAUUCUAAUAUUAUAUCUCACAAUUCUGAGAUUAUAUCACAAAUAUGUUUAUAUCUUAGAAUUCUGAGUUUAUAUCUUGGAAUUCUGAGUUUAUAUCGCAAUUAUGUUUAUAUCUCGGAAUUCUGAGUUAAUAUCUUGGAAUUAUGAGUUUAUAUCUCGGAAUUAUGAGUUUAUAUUUUGCAAUUCUGAGUUUAUGUCUCGGAAUUCUGAGUUUAUAUCUUGGAAUUCUGACUUUAUAUCUCAGAAUUCUGAGUUUAUACCUCACAAUUCUAAUAUUAUAUCUCACAAUUCUGAGAUUAUAUCGCAGUUAUGUUUAUAUCUCGGAGUUCUGAGUUUAUAUCUUGAAAUUCUGAGUUUAUAUUGCAACUAUGUUUAUAUCUCAGAAUUCUGAGUUUAUAUCUUGGAAUUCUAAGUUUAUAUCUUGGAAUUCUAAGUUUAUAUCUCACAAUUUUCGAGUUUAUAUCUCGGAAUUCUGAGUUUAUAUCACAAUUAUGUUUAUAUCUCGGAAUUCUGAGUUUAUAUCUUGGAAUUAUGAGUUUAUAUCUCGGAAUUAUGAGUUAAUAUCUUGGAAUUAUGAGUUUAUGUCUCGGAAUUCUGAGUUUAUAUUGCAAUUAUAUUUAUAUCUCACAAUUCUGAGUUUAUAUCUCAAUUAUGUUUAUAGUUCGGAAUUCUGAGUUUAUAUCACAAUUAUGUUUAUAUCACAAUUCUAAGUUUAUAUCUUGCAAUUAUGUGUACAUCUUAAAAUUCUAAGUUUACCUGCAAUUCUGAGUUUAUAUUGCAGUUCUUGCAGUAAAAAUGUCUAAACUGUCAGAUAUAACGUCACAACAAACUUUUAAAUUUUUUAUCCUGUGGUGGAAAACGAGCUUCCAUAGUAUGGUGAACAACGUGCACAAUGAAUCACAAUAAAUCCAGCAACGUGUAUUAAGAAAGCAUUUUGAUUUCAUGUUGACUUUGAAGUUUUAAACUGUGAAUAAACCAUUAUGAUAAUGUAAUAUAGUUUUAAUUUGCCAAUCAAUGACACAGAUGAAAAAAAGGAACGCAUUUCCCCAUCGAUUAGGAAAUUGGUGCUGAUUAGCAAAACCUAAAACUCGAAUUAACAAAACAUGCUGCGUGAUGGUUUCAAAACGGUGUCUAACCAGCAAAUAGAUGUUUAAUUUUUAACAAAUUUCCCUUGAGGAGUUGCAAAAAAUAAAUAAGGAAAAUUUUAAUUAAUUACUGAUGUUAUUUUGAGAAUAUGUAUUUUUAAAAUAAUUGUGUUAUGGUAUUUUUGUGUAGACUGUAUGUUAACUCUGGUUUUUGUAAUAUCUUAUUUAAUUUUUUAUUAGUCUUUUGUGUAUGUUUUUUGGCUGUGGUGAAGAGCGGCUUCUUAUUACUUGGAUUUUUAACUGAUGACUGAAACAAAACAACAAUGGAAGCAACAUGACAUUUGUUGUGUAGUAAAUAUGCAGCAUGCAGUGGCUAGAGACAUUUCUGAACCAGAAUAAUCAGAUGGUUUGCUUUGUACCAUGUACUGUAUAUUGGUAAUAAUUAUCAUAAUGUGCUAAAUAAGGGAAAAUAUGUUUUUUUUUUUUUCAUGUACACAUGUAUUUGGGAACAUAAUAAUAGCUUAACUUUGUUCAGCAGACAUUUAUGCAGAUAAAAUGGAGAGAUGUGGAAUGGGCUAUGAUGUAUUCAUGUUUGAUGAUUAUUAUUGUCCUCUCAGUUGAGUUCAAUAAAACCAGCAGCACAGUUAUGUUGCAAAAUUA